AUGGCGAUGAUGAUGACUGGCCGUGUGCUGCUGGUGUGUGCCCUCUGCGUGCUGUGGUGCGGUGCGGUUUUUGGACACGCGAUGGACGAUUACUGCAGUGAGGGUGGAGGGAACGGUUUGAGGCACACGAGUAAUGGUGGAGAUGACGGCGUGUCUCUAAAGGCGAACUGCGGGCUGUUAUCCACUCGAAUGGCAUUAAUAAAGGCGGUUGAGGCGGAGGAUGGACAAGAAUUGAGUGGUCCAGACUCGCCUCAGGAUAAGUCGAAGGUAUCAUCACCUGAUAAUAAAUUGGGCAAUAAUACGCAGUCCACUGGAGCGCCUGGUGCAGGAGGAAGUAUUGUCGGAGGUCAACCAGCAGAACUACCGCCGAAGCCCGGAGGAUCAGGUACAGAAGAACAGGUUAGGAAAUUAGAAGUGGUGGAUACAAGUGGUGAAGAAGUAGCAGGAGAUAAGAAGGAUCACGAGGACGGUACGGCAACUGGGCCCCAACACCAAAGCGUUGAUCAAUUGUCUUCUUCUUCCUCUUCAUCCGGCAGCUCUGGCACUGAGGGUGUCAAGCAACCCUCUUUGAAGGAAAAUUCCGAGAUUAGUGAAACCUCCAAUAGCCGGCCGCAAGAAGAAGAAGUUCUUCCCAGUGAAUCUGACAGUCCUGAAGAAGAGGCGGAUGUAACAAUACUAUCAGAACAAGAGACGGAAGAACUGGUGAAAAAAAAAGAAGACAAAAAAAACGCAAUUAAUGAGGCACCAACAGAAACACAUGGAAAUCCCACCAAUAACGCAGAAAUACAAACAGCAAUACCAACAACGCAAGUGAAUGGAGAUUCCAGCCCUGAGACUUUAGAGGACGUCCAACAGCCAGAAGAAGUCCAAGGCGAAAAGGACUCAAACAACAAUUCACAAACAAAGAGCGCUGUCACCAUCGCAGCCAAUCAACACAAUGAAACAUCUGCCGACCAUGGAGAAUCAGGGCCACCUUCACCCACGGUAAACGGUGAUGCCGCCGAUAAUGAAGCUGACAAGAGCACUGAAGACGGCACCCCGAACAGUGAUCCAGCAUCCGAUGCUCCAGGGACAGCAGAGGGAAAACAAAAUGAAAAUAAAGAUGCCAAUCCGAAAGAAACACCAGUGACGGCCACAGCCAUGAAAACCACAACGGUGACGACUGGCGACAGUGACGGCAGCACCGCGGUCUCCCACACCACCUCCCCUCUCUUGCUUCUUCUUCUUGUUGCGUGUGCGGCUGCUGUGGUGGCCGCGUGA